GAAUCUGACCAUUCGCAGGCGUCAAGGUAUUCGGAAUGAGCGUCAUCCAAACGACUAUCAGCCCUCAUGACCAGAAACCCGUUGUCGAGCGCACGUAUCCAUCUUCGGCCGCACUCGACGCUAUAAUUCAGCGCGCAUCCGCUGCUCAACAGCAAUGGGUCACCGUCCCUGUCGCACAACGGAUCGCCAUCGCCCAGAAGUUCAUUGACAACUUCAGUCAGACGAGCGAGGGUGUGGCGGCGGAGCUGGCUCAGCAAAUGGGACGCCCGAUCUCGCAGGGUGCAGGAGAAGUUCGCGGAUUUCUGGAUCGUGCCAGAUAUAUGUUGUCGAUUGCGGAGUCGUCCCUGGCAGACGUUUCUAUGGAUUCUACAGACAAACCUGGAUUUAAACGAUUUAUCCGUCGCCUGCCACUUGGUGUGGUCCUUGUAAUUGCUCCUUGGAACUUUCCGUAUCUCACAUCGGUCAAUUCGGUCCUCCCCGCCCUCCUUGCCGGCAACGCGGUACUGCUGAAGCCUUCGCCCCAAACUCCUUCGAGCGCAGAACGCUUCGCUACGAGUUUGAUCAGUGCAGGUUUCCCUCAAGAUCUUGUUGCCGCGGUGCAUCUUUCACCGGAGUUGACAAUACAUGCUAUACAGCAUCCCCUAAUCGAUUUCGUGUCCUUCACAGGGAGUGUCGUUGGGGGUCGUGCGGUUGAGAAAGCGGCUGUCGAGGCACCCGGAUUCAAAGGUGUUGCUCUAGAGCUCGGUGGGAAAGACCCUGCUUACGUCCGCGCGGACGCGGAUCUCGAUUAUACUGUCGGAGAGGUCGUUGACGGAGCUAUGUUCAACUCCGGACAAAGUUGCUGUGCCGUGGAGCGUGUAUAUGUCCACGAGUCCAUUUAUGAUGAAUUCGUGUCUCGAUUCGUUGAGAUGGUGAAAGGGUAUAAGCUUGGUGAUCCUAGCAAGCCCGAGACGAACCUUGGUCCAGUGGUCAGCGUCGCCAGCGCAACGAGGAUUCGCAAGCAGGUUUCGGAUGCGGUCGCCGCUGGUGCGAAGGCCCUCGUUCCCGAGGAACUAUUCCCCAUCGCGAAACCUGGUACAGCCUACGUCGCACCGCAGGUCCUGGUGGAUGUCAACCACACUAUGGAUGUCAUGAUGGAGGAGACCUUUGGACCCAUUGUCGGCAUCCAGAAGGUUUCAUCAGAUGAAGAGGCGGUCAAAUUGAUGAACGAUUCGCCUUACGGAUUGACCGCCUCGAUCUGGACCAACGCUGCCGCUGAUCCAGCCUCAGAAGAAGCGUUCUUGGCGCUGGAAGAGAAAGUGCAGGCUGGCACGGUCUUCUUGAAUCGCUGCGACUUUUUAGAUCCAGCACUGAGCUGGACUGGGGUCAAGGACAGCGGUCGUGGCAUCAGUUUAAGUAAAUUUGGCUAUGAUCAACUGACCCGUGCGAAGAGCGUUCAUAUGAAGAUCAAGACCGCUUGAGGCCUAAAAUGCUUUAAUAACAUUAGUGUGCUCGUCAGCGACUCAGCUGAAACAUCCGGGCUUCAAUUCAAGGCGUAAGCCAUUUUAUAUAAUUUGUUUUCGGAGAAGAUGAACCAGAGGAACCAUUGCAAUCUGA